CCUUAAAUGAAUAUUGGUGAUUUUAAAAGCUUUUACUGCUGGUAAUACUAAAAAUCGAUUAAGCUAACCGCUUCAUAACCACUCGUAUGGUGUGGUGGAACCCGCCAGAAAAAGACGCCUAGUAUUACCAUUAAAGAAAAAAAAAUCAAAGAAUGAGAAAAAAAAUACACGACCUCCGCUUCACUUGUGUUUUUUUCUAAUUUUACUGUCAAUAAGCUGAUAAUUCGAUGCAUAUUUUGUAUGCAACAGUUAUUUUGACUUAAUAUUGUGCUCUAUUAUGCACCAAACUAUCGCGGGGAAGGCUCGAGGUGCUUCUAUGAACUAAAAUCAAUAACAAUCUGAAACCAACAAAGUUACGAAGAUGAAUUAUGAAGCCGAAAGAGCCAUGAACCAGAAGCGGUUGCGUAUGGACGGUGAGCCGGGCCAUGGUGUGGUGCAGGGGAACGGAUUGCCGCUCAAUUACAUGGAUAAUGGUCAUCAAAUACCAUACCAACCGUACGCUGGAGCGUACAACACGCACUACCCGCCCCCAGAUGCGUUUGCAGCGUACGGGCCGCCGCCGCCCGGGGGCUAUGCCCCUCAGAACCUGUCAUAUGCCCCCCCGGCGCACCAGAAUUACCCGCACCAUCAAAGUUUUCCUCCGCAGCAGCCGCAGGCUCAGCUGCAUAUGCCGCAGUCUCACAUGGUUCAAGGCUACGCCCCAGAACUGGUGCACAAAGCCGCCUGGGCGCCCCAGCCGCACCUGCUGCCGCCGCUGGACGCUCAGAAACCGCUCGAUGUCAAGCAACUCAAGCCGGAGAUCAAGCUAGAGCCACAAGAUGUGCAUAAGAGACCCCACCCGGAGAGUGAAAUGAUGGGCGGAGACCUGGAUCAGCCGAAGAUUAAGAUCAAGACGGACAUCUUCAAGCCUGACGACCUGGCGCACAGGCCCGAUGUUGACAAGCCCCAUGAUGUGUCUCAAAAAUCGCUACUGUUGGAUGCGUCCAAACCGGUUGAGCAAAAGAAAGAUGAUGGCCAGCCUAGCAUUGGAGUUGAUGGUAAACUCGGAGAUAAACCUGCAGAAGUGUGUAAGCCGGAGGGGUUGGCUGAGGGCGGCGAUGCUCUGCGCUCUGAGGCAAAGAUAGCAGACAAGAGUGAGGAGGAUCGGAAACCCUUCAGCAGCCCGGAGCUGCCCAAAUCCGGGACUCCCGGGAAGGCCUCUACCCCCGGCCUGGAGCCGAAGAAGCGCGGGCGCCCUAAAGGCUCCACCAACAAGCCGAAGCCGGCCGGCGCCCCCGGCCCCCGCGUCCCGGGCGCCGCGCCCCCGCCCCCCCGCGGCGCCGCGCCCCGCCCCCCGCAGGUGGCGCCGCGGCCCCGCCCGCAGGGCUACCAGUACGCCGUGCGGCCCUUCCGGAAGGACUUCUCCGGGAUACAGUUCCGAAGCCAAAGCCGGCCGGCGCCCCCGGGCCCCGCGCCCCCGCGUGGCGUGGCGCCCCCGCCCCCGCGCGGCGCCGCGCCCCUGCCCCCCGCGGCCCCCGCGCCCCGCCCCCCGCAGGUGGCGCCCCGGCCCCGCCCGCAGGGUUACCAGUACGCCCCGAAGAAGCGCGGGCGCCCUAAGGGCUCCACCAACGAGCCGAAGCUGGCCGGCGCCCCCGGGCCGCGCGCCCCGGGCGCCGCGCCCCCGCCCCCCCGCGGCGCCGCGCCCCGCCCCCCGCAGGUGGCGCCGCGGCCCCGCCCGCAGGGCUACCAGUACGCCGUGCGGCCCUUCCGGAAGGACUUCUCCGGGAUACAGUUCCGAAGGCGAUGGAGCGACGAUUGCCUCGACUCCUCCCACAUCCCCAACGAAGUCUACUUCGGCGACGUGCCCGUGUCCACCGAAGUCCUAUUCAACUACUACGACGCCAACGCGGAGCGCGAGCGGCUGGCGGCGCAGGCGGCGCAGAUCGCCGCGCAGAAGGCCGCCGCCGCCAAACUAGCCGCUGCGAAACUGCAAGCCAGGGGACUUAUCUCCAAUGAGGUGACGACGGUUGACUCGUCGUCGUCAGAUGACUCUUCGGGUUCGUCCGGCAGCGACAGCGAUGACAGUGACGAGGAUGCACCCCUAAAGAAGGGUCCCGGUCGGCCCAAAGGUUCCCGGAACUCUGCCCCCCGCGCCCCCGGCCCCGGGACCCCCGGCUCGGGCCGCCGCGGCCGCCCCCCCGUGCCCCCUGAACUGCGAGAACCCGGCAUCACUGACAUGAAGAAGUUCUGCAAGGCUGCUGGCAUCAGAUUUGACUAUAAAAAGCUUGUCGAAGGCUGCACAAAGAAUAAGGAGCGCGUCGGCAAAAUGAUGGACCUACUGACCGCGGCGGGGCUCGAGGGCAAGCCCACGAUGGAGAAGUGCAAGGCGCUCAAACAGGCCAAGGUCGACAAGAAGGAGCAAGAGAAACAGGCCAAGAAGGAGGCCAAGGUCAAGAGCAAACCGGCCUCCAACGACGGAGAUGGCGAGCAAACGCCCGAAGGCACGCGGCGCAUGACCCGCGGUGCGACGGGCGUGAAGCCGCGCCAGCGCAUCGUCAUCUCGUCCGACGAGGAGGACGACACCCCCGCCGCGCGCCGCACGCUGUCCAAGCUGCGCUCCUCCGUCAACGAUGACGACUCCGACUAGGUUGGUCACUACAUGUAUACAUGAGCAUCGUCAUCUCGUCCGACGAGCAGGACGACACCCCCGCCGCGCGCCGCACGCUGUCCAAGCUGCGCUCCUCCGUCAACGAUGACGACUCCGACUAGGUUGGUCACUACAUGUAUACAUGAGCAUCGUCAUCUCGUCCGACGAGCAGGACGACACCCCCGCCGCGCGCCGCACGCUGUCCAAGCUGCGCUCCUCCGUCAACGAUGACGACUCCGACUAGGUUGGUCACUACAUGUAUACAUGAGCAUCGUCAUCUCGUCCGACGAGCAGGACGACACCCCCGCCGCGCGCCGCACGCUGUCCAAGCUGCGCUCCUCCGUCAACGAUGACGACUCCGACUAGGUUGGUCACUACAUGUAUACAUGAGCAUCGUCAUCUCGUCCGACGAGCAGGACGACACCCCCGCCGCGCGCCGCACGCUGUCCAAGCUGCGCUCCUCCGUCAACGAUGACGACUCCGACUAGGUUGGUCACUACAUGUAUACAUGAGCAUCGUCAUCUCGUCCGACGAGCAGGACGACACCCCCGCCGCGCGCCGCACGCUGUCCAAGCUGCGCUCCUCCGUCAACGAUGACGACUCCGACUAGGGGCAGCGAAUCCUCGACUUCUCAGCCUGGUAGUGUCCCGACACGACCCUACAGAGUCCUAGAAAGUGCUUCGACAGACUCACAGGACUGCGCUCCAUUACCCGAGUGAUAGUGUACCAUGGAGUGAUGUGACUGGUUGGUUUACAAGUGAUUCAGCAUUUUCUGUUACUGGCUAACGAUAGGUAUGUCUUCUUUUGUGGUGGAUU